UGAAGUGAAAUGUGUUCCAACAGAAGAAAUGCACAAAUUGGCAUUGGACUUUCAGUCAUGGGCAUGUCCCUGCUUUCGAUUCCCUUUUUUAUUUCCGAUCAAAGGGGUCUGCUGAAAAUUGUGCUAUCUGUUCAGCUGACUGCAACUGUGGCCCUGAUCUAUGGCGUACUGCGGGCACAUGCGCAGCAUAAGGCAAAGUUCUUGCUCUUCUGGCUGGGAAUUUCGAGUGCAUUUUUUACUGCAUUGCUCUAUGCGAACCUGUUUAAAUUUUUGGAUCAUGGGUGGAACUAUUUCUUCUAUUACAUUGACAACUAUCUAUGUCUGUUGCCUGCCGCUGGCGUUGCGUACAUGAUGCAUAUCAUAUAUAAGGACUACGUAGAGCUGACAUUGGGUGCGGUAACAGAGCUCAAACAGCCGCCGCCAUAUGAUGGCAGCGCUGACAAAAUUGACAUCUCAGUAAAAACCGAAUCAACAAGAUGUUACUAGCUUCCAGCGUAUCAACUCGAAAUAAAGUGCGAUUAUGCGAGAAUUCAGUUAA